CUGGAUGGUGUCAGUAUGCUGUAUCACCAUCUCAGCAUAGCUCCACUUGUGCUAGCAGUGUGAUGUUCCACAGCAAAUUGGUGCAGAGAGCCAGUAUGCCCCUCCAUGACCCAAAAGCCCAGGUGCCAACUGUUGCUGUGCUAACAGUAGGUUAAUUUAGACUUGGACCCACGUACAUCGUGCUCCACAGUACCCUACAAACUUGCUAAACCUAACAAGUUAGGAUGUUAUUCCCUGGAGCAUAAGAGAAUGAGGGGAGAUUUGAAGGAGGUGUAGGGCACUCCUUCCCUCCACUCGCCUGCUGGUCGCCCCUGGGCAAGGUGUAGCAUCUGUUUAGCCACUCGUUCAGGGUCAUGUGAAGCCACGGGAGCAGGUGGUGGAUGGUCGUAUGAGCAGCUGGUGCAUAUCGUAACUCCUGGUUAUGCGACCACAGACGCCAGACGGACGAUCUCUGAAGAGUAUUGAUUAUGGCUGGGGUCGCCCGUCUUGUAAAGACAGUGCUCAGAAGAAGGCAAUGGUGAACCACUUCUGUGGAAAAAUUUGCCAAGAGCAAUCACGGUUAAAGACCGUAAUCGCCCAUGUCAUACGAUGUGGCACACGAUGGUGCAGAAUUAUGAGCAGUAAAGACAGGGUGAAUGCAAGCAGGCUUUUUUUCCACUGAGGUUGGGCAAAACUAAAACUAGAGGUCAUGGGUUAAAGGUGAAAUGUUUAAGGGGGACAUUAGAGGGAACUUCACUCGGGGUGGAACAAGCUGCCAGCAGAAGUCAUAGAUAUGGUUUUGAUUUCAACAUUUAAUAGAAUUUUCCAUUACUACAUGGAUGGGAGGUGUUUGGAGGGACGUGGUGCAGAUGCAGGUCGAUGGGUCUCAGUGGAAUAAUGGAUGGGCUGAAGGCCUGUAUCAGUACUGUUGUGUUCUAUGACUCUAAACACUUGGUGAGGGCUACAGAAUCCUUGGGAAGAUUUCAAAUGUAAUGUAAGCUGAAAAUAAACUAGAUGUCAAAUAGUGCCAGCAGUUUACUUUCUAAUCUGUUUACUUUUGAUGGCUUGCCGGGAACUCUGUUGAUGAGGUUAUCUGUUAUAUUUAAUUGCUGUCAGAAUUUCACCUGAUUGAUUCCAUAGUGUUAAUAAAUCCACGGCCUGGCUUUGAAGUCAAGUUAUAGAGGUCAAACUGCAACUUAUCUGAACAGUAAACGGCGAGAUGUAACUGCUUGCGGUAAUUUUGAAGAGAGCUGUAAAUGUCAUUUGAUAGAGUUUGGACUGGAGCUGAUGUGAAAGAUGGAAAUGGUGACUCGUGCUGGGGUGGUGGAGAGGGCUGAUGCCUCGGUAUUUAAAUUGUACUGAUAGAAGCUGCCAACUACUUCCUGUUGUGAAGAUUCAAGUUUAGCUUUACAGAGGGUGCAGAGGUUUACCAGGAAACUGCCUGGAUUAGACAGCGUGAUUUAUGAAGACAGAUUGAGCAAGCUCGGGCUUUUCUCCUUGGAGUGAAGGACGAUGAUAGGAUUUGCUGCAUUUGACGGAGGCUGACCUGAGACAGCUGGGAAUUCAGAAUCAGACACACAGAACUUAUAUUGUAUCCAACAUUUCCCUCCUCCAGGAGAGGGAGAGACAGAAAGAGCUGAAGAUGAUGGCAGCAGGGAAGUUCGCGAGUUUACCUCGCAAGACCCAUGGUGAUCGCAAGUACUCCCUCACAUCCUCCAUGGAGGCGCUAGAUGUCGAGGGCACCCUCUCCAGCCGGCAUUCCAGUUUGUUCCAGAGCGUCUCCAUCCAUGGCACGCUCCCGAGAAAGAAUAGCAGGAAGCUAUCUUUUCCAACUUAUGGCACAAAUGGACCCGUGGAAACUUCGCCCCUAAGCUUGCCAUCUCGGUUGCACAAAGCAUCUUGGUUAUGUGAUGUCAUUGAAGAGCAUCCCUCGCAAGAGGCCAAGGAAGGCCUUUCUGGGGACAUCUCAGACUUUACCCUAGAAUAUGUCAAGUUCUCAAAAGAGAGAUACAUAAUGGAUUCAACGCCCGAGAAACUGCGGAAAGAGCUGGAGGAGGAACUGAAAUUGAACAGUGAAGACCUACGAAGUCACGCCUGGUACCAUGGUCGCAUUCCCAGGAAGGUGGCAGAAACUCUGAUUCAGAGAGAUGGAGACUUCCUCAUCCGUGACUGCCUUUCUAGCCCCGGAAACCAUGUCUUGACCUGUCAGUGGAAGAAUGCCCCUCAUCAUUUCAUGAUCAACAGAGUGCUCGUCCGCCUGAACGAAGGCUACUCCCGCUUGCAGUACCAGUUUGAGCGAGAUAGCUUUGACAGCAUCCCCGCCUUGGUCAGGUGCUACGUGGGGAACCGCAAGCCGAUCUUCGAGCAGGUGGGGGCCAUCAUUUUCCAGCCGGUAAAUCGGACACUUCCGCUGAGGUGUGUGGAGGAAAAAUACAGCAUGACUCCUGUGGUCAAGGAACAGUUCAGCCAAGUGCCAAGUGGGAAGUCAGACACAGCGAAGAGGCUGAGCUUGAACAUGUCGAAUGGCUCCAGUCAGGACCACAGUUUGUCGCCAGGAAAUCUUCUAAGGAAUAAAGACAAGAGCGGGAGCCAGCCUGCAUGUCUUGACUACGUGCAAGAUAGACGACAGCCCUUGAAGUCUCAUCAGUCCGAGAGUUACCUCCCUUUGGGAAUGAGGUCGCCCACACCACAACCCCACACUUCGCAGCAGCAGCAACCCAGCGGGUCAGACGGAACGGCUCGGGACAGGUCGCCUGUGUUUCGAACCGGCAGCGAGCCUGCUCUCAGUCCCACGUGCUUCCGACUGCCCAUACUGGAAUCUCAAGCCGGGGAAGCACUGAGGGGCUCCGACAGUCAGUUGUGUCCCAAGCCGCCGCCAAAGCCCAGCAAGGUGCCGUCCCUGAAAGUGGCCAACAGUCCUUUGUUAAUGAACAAUGCCAGGAAGGACAAGGGUGACGAUGUGAAUGCUGGCACUCUGGACAUGGGGCUCAGUUACCGGCAGCAGGAGUCCUCACCAGACAGGCCACUUUUCCCACAGCCUGACGGUUUUGUAGAGAGACUUAAAACCGAGGAAGCAUUGAGGACCGUGUUUCCCAGUUCCAUAUCCGCCUGCAGCACACCGGGUGACAGCUCGAUCCCGUUCACAUCCUCUCCUGUCGAGGGCGAGGAGGAGGUGAAGGCCCCAGCCUUUCUCAGACCUGUCAUUGAAAAUGUCUCCUGCUUCAGGCCCAAUGACUUCAAAUCAAAGCUGCUUCCCCCAGACAACAGGCCCCUGGACUCCUCUGUCAUCAGGCAUGUUAAGGAGCUGUUUACCAAAGCUGAUUCAAUAACAAUUGCCAAAUACAUCCUAAAAGUGGACAGCCAGGUUGCUAGGAUACUGAAUGUCUCUGAAGAAAUGAAGCAGCAAAUGCAAGUGAGCUCGGGCCUGGAACUUAUUACGCUGCCUCACGGGCACCAACUGCGCUUGGAUUUAAUUGAAAGGUACAAUACUUUGACUAUCGGGAUUGCUGUGGAUAUCCUGGGUUGCACAGGAAGCGUUGAAGAGAGAGCUGCGGUGUUGGCCAAGAUUAUCCAAUUGGCAAUGGAGCUGAAAUACUCUAUGGGGGAUCUGUAUGCCUUUUCUGCUGUAAUGAAAACUUUAGACAUGCCACAGAUUACACGAUUAGAACAAACCUGGACCACACUGCGACGUAAACACACACAGAGUGCCAUUGUCUACGAGAAAACUCUUAAACCAUGUAUCAAAGCUUUAAAUGAGGGAAGAGAAGAAGUUGCACUCAGUAAGAUGACAAUUCCACACCUGAUGCCUCUCAUUAUUCUCAUGGAACGGCAGUUUGUCACCUUUGAAAGCACGGAGUUGUGGGAAACCAUCGAUCAGGGCUGUGAAAUCAUGCUUAAGCACCUGGAUGAUGCACGAUCCAUUGCACACACUGCUGACGUGUACAAAAUGAACACGCAACGGAUUCUUGAAGAUUUUGAGCCGGAUGAAGAAAUGCUCGAGGUAUUUCAGACUGAGUUUGCAAUGAGGUUGUUGUGGGGAAGCAAAGGAGCACAAGUUAACCAGACAGAACGAUAUGAAAAGUUCAUGAUGAUUUUGACUGCUUUAUCACGUAAACUUGAACCACCGUCUUGGCACCUGGAGCACUAGCUGAUUCUGGAAAUACAACAGCAAAGACAGCCUGUUGUUAAAAUACACUUUGUACAAUAUUCAACAAUAACCCAGAAAGGAUCCUUAGUUCUAUAUAUCAGUGUUUUAGCCACUUGCUGUCUUGUACUGUAUCUCAGCAGCUUGCACGCCUUUAACAUUCCAUGCAAAAUUUUGUUGCAUCUACAGAAACACCCUUGAGCUAAAACUCCAGUAUACAGAAACACUUGUGUUGUUUCUGACUUAGAAAUAGAGUUUUACUAGUUUACCUUUGUAUCAACGUGCCAUGUCACCAUGGUAUUGAAGAUAGUUUUGCGUUGCUUUAGAGCAGCCUUUGGCACUAUGUGUGGAUGAAGACUCAGGCCUCAGAGAAAGCUAGUGACUUUCAACUGUAUUGUUCAAUGUUGGUCAUUGUAAAUAUUUAAUAUGAAAAGUAAUCUUUGAAUGCUUUAGCCAUUUAAUAUAUUGUAAAAUUAAUUGUAAAUAGAAUUCUGUAAGAUUAGUGGUAUUUUAUGCAGUACUGUAAAUUACUGUGCAGGACAUGUAUCUGUGUGACCCAAUAAAAUUGCACCAUUUCUUUACGAGGUGGAAAUGUUCAGACAUGAGAUCCCACACAAGCAUUGACAACCAAGCAAAUCAGCAUUAGUGGGAGCUAUUUUAACCUAGCAAUUUUAAUUUCCAUUUUAAAUAUUCUGAUUUUCUAUUUAAGUGCUACAGAUGCAGUCUGGAAAUUUGCAAUCACUGAAGCGAAGGAACUCAGAUGACAUUACAUGAUUACUGCCAAUAGCAGGGGGACAUUUUCAAGACUGUGAUUUAAAAUAUUCAAUUGGUCCUUGCUAUCCAGUUAAAUCCUUUGCCAUCUACAAGUCUGUUGAAAUUACACAUAAAAACUUGCACCUAAACAUUCCAUUUGACAGGCAAGUCUCACACAAGUGUUUUCUAUGGUACAUACAGUACUCAGAUUUGACAGAGAGAUACUAGUGAAUGAAAUGGGCACAACUGUACAGAUGGUGGGGAAAAAAGUGUUACAUGUCUGUACACUACAGCAAUUCUCGCCGUCUAUUACCUCUGGUAGUUGAGUUAAGGUGAACAUUUACAAACAAAUAAUGAACUCAUGGAAAACGUGUAGCAAUUCAUCCCGACCAGAUUUUUUCUUGCUCCUCCUCCCUUAAACACAAUAAACCAAAUCAGACCCAUCUUCAUUCUAAAUUUGUUACUACAGAAAUAUUUUAACUACUGUUUUACUUGCAGGCAAAAUUCAAUAAAUAUUCAAUAAAGGCAACACCACCAUGUUCAGGGACAACUAUCAGGCUGCUGAAGUCACCUCAACUCUGAACUGAUUCCACAACUCACUUUCUAGGACUCUACAACUCCUGUUCUUAGUAUUGUUUUUUCAUUUGCACAAGUUAGCUUCUUUUGCACACUGGUUGUUUGUCAAUCUUUGUUUAUGUAUAGUUAUUUUAAAAUAAAAUCUGUUGUAUUUAUUUUCCUGUAAAUGCUUGCAAGUAAAUGAAUCUCAGGGUAGUAUAUGGUGACACAAAUACUUUGGUAAUAAAUUUACUUUGACUUUGAUUUGACUUAAAUAGAGGAGAAUACUAGUAUGAGGAAAGGUUAUGCCAACAUCGAUAAGUAUGUGGAGGGUUAGAUGUGCUGCAGUGUCCUAUGACCCUGUCUCAGAGAUGAAACACUUAAUUCCUCAACUCAAACCUACCGUACAUCCUCUAUUGACAGCUUUGCCUUCAGCCAUCUCAGCCCUAAGUCAACUACCUCACUUUUCUUGGAACAUUCUCUAGCUUUUUGAUCAUUUGCCAUUCUUCUGUGGGUCUUUGUCGGAGAAUUUGGAUACAGCCGGGCUUAUUUUCCUUGGAAUGGGGGAGGCGGAGGAACGGUGUCAUAGAAGUAUAUAA